GCGUAAGCAUAACUCUUCAGAGUUUGCGGUGUUUAUUGCGGGCACAUGCGGUUCGAAGUUGCCAAAGCGGAUAACCCAUGCCGCUCGUCGCCGUCGCUUCGGCGGUCGCGCCGCCUCCACUCCGGCCACCGGGUUCCCUCCGCUCCCUCCACACUCCUAGAACCCUAGCCCUAACCGUCCCCCGCUGCUCCCCCUCCCCUUCGCCUGCGGCCGUGGAGGCGCCGCCGCAGGCGAAGCCGAAGCCGCGGCGGUACCCGAAACAAUACCCCGGCGAGGCGGUGGGCGUCGCCGAGGAGAUGCGGUUCGUAGCUAUGAGACUCCGCAACCCCAAGCGCACCACCAUCAAGGACAAGACGGGGGCGGAGGAUGGGGACGCGGAGGCGUCGGAGGAGGAAGAGGAAGACGGCGAAUUCGUGGAAGGGGAGUGGAUGCCGAGUAUAGAGGGAUUCUUGAGGUACCUGGUGGACAGCAAGCUUGUCUUCGGCACCAUCGAGCGGAUCGUUGCCGAGUCCACCGACGUCGCCUAUGUUUACUUCAGGAAAAGUGGUUUGGAACGUUCAGAUAGCAUUGCAAAAGAUUUGGAGUGGUUCAGAGAACAAGGGAUUGCAAUUCCAGAGCCGAGUACUUCUGGAUCAACGUAUGCAGCUUAUCUGACUGAGCUGGCUGAGAGCAACGCCCCUGCCUUCCUCUCCCAUUAUUACAAUAUCUAUUUUGCGCAUACAACUGGAGGCAUGGCAAUAGGUAACAAGAUCUGCGAGAAAAUUUUGGAAGGGAGGGAACUGGAGUUUUACAAAUGGGAUGACGAUGUUGAACUUUUGCUUAAAGAUGCCAAGGAGAAGCUUAAUGAACUUAGCAAGCACUGGACUCGGAAGGACAGGAACUUGUGCUUGAAAGAAGCUGCAAAAUGUUUCCAGUACUUGGGAAAGAUGGUCCGUUUGAUCAUCUCAUGAGCCACAAUGCUUGGUGGAUAACCAACUAAUCUCACUGCAUGCUUUAGUAGAGUUUCUCUCAAAGACUGAGGAAAGUAGUGAUACUACCACUCAGGCUUAGUGCAGUUAUGUAAUGAGAAAGGCAGUGGUCUUAGUAGCAAAAUAACAUGUCAAAAGUCUGAAGAAUCGUGUGGUGUAGGAGAUGGAGCUGAUCAGAGCAGUGAGCACGAUACUUUGGAUGUCGAAAUGGGCAGGCCAGUCUCCUUUUUUGGCGUGCAUUGUAGAGCUGCCCGUUUGAUGAAUGAGGCCCUUCCUUUCAGCAACUUUGAUCUGCACACUUGUUGUCAGGAUGGUCUGAGCAAACCAUGGGAUCAUGCUAUCCACUCACUGGUGCCUGCCUGAAAAUCAAUUCAACAUGAGCAAUGAAGUUGCAUGCAGGGUAGUUUAGAGAGGCCUGCAGAAUUUUGUCUGCCCUCGGAUAUUGUACUCGAAUUAUCGUAGCUUAUAAAUUGCUAACAACGGUGUAUCAGUAUUGGAUACUCGAACCAAAAUGUAUAGCCGGAUGACUUGUGUAAUCUGUGUCUCGAUUUUGCGA